ACUCCCAUCCAAGACGAAGAGUCGAUGGUCGAGCGGUAGAUCCACAGUCCGCACCAUAAUAGACUGUACUGGAAGUUUCUAGUGAUCCCUUAUCGCUGCCUUCAGAGACAGAGGGGCAGCGGGGGGUCAUUCCUCCGCCUUUUACUGGUUAAACAAGUUCCGUUAAUCGGGGUCCAUCACUCGGAGGCUGCUAAACUGAAGCUAGCUAGCAGGCAAAGCUAAAGCUAACCACUGUUUACAGUUUAGCAACUGGCUAACAUCGAAGCUAACGGCUAGCUGUCAGCGGGGAUGUUCGGCUGUCUGGUCGCGGGCAGAUUGGUGCAGACAGACGCGGUGCAGGUCGCCUCGGACAAGUUCGUGUUCAACCUGCCGGACUACGAGAACGUGAACCAUGUGGUGGUGUUCAUGCUAGGCACGGUGCCGUUCCCCGCCGGCAUGGGGGGCGCAGUCUACUUCUCCUUCCCGGACCCGGCGAGCGGCGGCAGCCCGGUGUGGCAGCUCCUCGGCUUCAUCACCAACGACAAGCCCAGUGCCAUCUUCAAGAUCUCCGGGCUGAAGGCCGGGGAGGGCGGGGCGCACCCCUUCGGCAUGAUGGCCUCCUCGUCGUCGUCGCCCUCCGUGGCCCAGGUCGGUGUGUCGGUGGAGGCUCUGGAUCAGCUGGCCCAGCAGAUCCCGGUGUCCAGCGCCGCCGUGUCCACCGUGGACUCCUUCCUGCAGUUCACCCAGAAGAUGCUGGACAGUCUUUACAACUUCGCCUCGUCCUUCGCCGUGUCGCAGGCGCAGAUGACGCCGAACCCCUCGGAGACCUUCAUCCCAUCCAGCUGCGUCCUCAAGUGGUAUGAAAACUUCCAGAGGAGGUUGAGCCAGAACCCGAACUUCUGGAAGAACUGAUGGAGGUGGAGAGAUGAGAGACUAAAGACAAACCCACAGUGCCUACAGGUUCUGAGAAUAAAAGGUUUCAUCCAGCUCAGUCAGUGUCUCAUCUCUGAUACUUGACUUUAUAUCAGCCUGUUAUCGUCUAUCUUAACUUAGGGACUGUUCGUUAUUUAUGAGGGGGAGAGGGUGGUCCAAAAAGAGGGAGGCUGUUGGGGAGAGACUUUUGUUAUAGCUUAGGGAGGGGUGUUCAAAUUUAAAUGGCUGUAUUUUGUUUUUAUUUUACCACUGAUUUUUAAAGAAAACAUCAUCUCGAAGGCAUGUUUUCUGUAAUAAUUGCCAAAGUUGCACUAUUUAUCAUAGAAACAGAAGUUACUGCUGGAUUUUCUCAACAUUCUCACUGCGACCUCGUCACAUAGACGUUUGCUCAUGGACUUUCCACGUCCAGAUACCACGUGCAAGGUACCCUGGGUGUGUUGAUUGUUGACGCCGUGUCAAGUUCCGCCUGUUACAUGCAUUGUCUUCUUUCAAAAUACACUUCUGUUUUCACAGGAAAUUUACCAUUUACAUACAGUCUCUUUCAAAAUAAAAGCACUAUGUCAGUAC